AUGUCGUCAAGCCCGUUUCCGUACACAUGCGAGCUGUGCGGUGCGGAGGGCCUCACGGACGAAGGGAUGAGGACCCACACACUCGAGGCCCACGUCCAGGGCCGGCCGGAGUGUCCCUUCUGCGACUGCACAGUCCCCCAGCCGCAACUAGUGGGCCACGUGCAGAGGGCCCACCUGCACUAUCUGACGCCGGAGCGGGAACUCAUGGCCUUCAUUGACGAUCAGAGUCCAAGUUUCGACGAAGACUCCAAGAUGACAACAACAGAUAGUUGUAGCUAUAACACCCCUGGGUCCAUUAACGGCUGGCACAGUCCUGACGCAGUCUCCUUUCAAAAUGGUGCCAUCUCCAAAAACUACCACAACGGCUUCCAAGACAAGGACAGCUGUAGCAGUAGAAGUGAUAAGGAGUAUAGGAAUGAAAGAGACGAUGAUAGGUAUUCACGUUCGCCGAAAAAUAUAAAUCUAUGUAACGGGGUGAAAAAUAUCAAUAUUAGUAAUGGAGUGAUCCCUAAAAAGAGUCAGAGUAGACAGAAUUCAAACGAAGAUGUUGUAAAUGGACACGAGAGGAAAGGAAUACAUUCCAGUCCUAGUCAUAACUCUGGAAGUUACGAGGGCUCACCAAAUAAAAAUAAACUGACAAUGGCAAGUGCAGGUCAAGGGUCGCCACUUAGAUCUCAAUUAGCUUUAAAACUUAAACCUAACACACCUAAGAAGUCAGCGCGUACUCCAAGUCCGACAGUGCAGUGUCUGCUAUGUGAUUUUACGUCGACAUGUCCGCGAAAGCUCGAGGAACACAUAAACCGAGCGCAUUUUGAUCUCACGUCUCCGUCCGUGUUGGGGAAUGCGAAUGCUAACUCGAAUGCGAAUGAGAACCCAACAGUGGGCUUGACCAACCCCACUCUGACCCUGGAUAACCCCACGAACCCUACAUUGGAGUUCUCUGCAAUGGCGAUGUCACCAGGGGCCCACUGCUCUAGUUUUCAAUGUCCAUUGUGUGAAAGGGAGUUUUCGACGGGGACCGACGUGGAAAUGCAUGUAAAUGUUGAGCACAGGGACAUUCUGAGUCCACAGAAAUCGGACCAAAUGGACAAUGCAUCGUGUGACACUGACAUAGUGAUGAUGGAAGAGAGUCCUGUCAGCAAUUGUCCUGUUUGUUGCCAGCCAUUACCACUGUCUCAACAUGAACUGAUACAACACAUAGAAGAGCACUUUGAACGCGGGGAGGACGGCGGUGCUGCCUCUGCGCUGUCGGCCGAGGAAAGAGAAGCUAUGAAGAGCCGGGAGGAACAUGAGUUUCAGCUUCUCCGGGCGCAAUACGGCAUGGAGGAAGACGACGUAGAAGGCUACACGAACCGCGCCACCAACAGCUUGAAGCGCGCCGUGUACAGCGGAGCCCUAUCUGUGGCCGGCUACUACGAGCGCAGUGUGGGGCUCCGCCGGGCCUCCGCCUCGGGCCGCGACACUGGCUGCUCUAGGACUUGUGGCAUAUUGGAGCGGAUAAGUCAGUUAAACGCCCAAAACCCGAGCAUAGUGAAGACAUACCUGUGCAGCGCCGUCGACCACUACGCCAGCACGUACGGAGACCGCGGCUGGGGCUGCGGGUACAGAAACAUGCAAAUGGUGGUAUCGUCUCUAAUGAAGCACCCACCGUAUAUGAACCUGCUGGGGAGCGUGGUGGAGAAGAGUGGAGAUUGUUGCGCGCCGUCCAUACCGCGGCUGCAGCUGUUAGUGGAGCAAGCUUGGCAGCUGGGCUUCGAUACACAGGGCUCGGAGCAGCUGGGAUGCAAGCUACACAACACGAGGAAGUGGAUAGGUGCAUGCGAAGUUGUCACUGUACUAUCUUCACUUAGGAUACGGUGUCAGCUGAUAGACUUCCACAAGCCGACGGGGGCGGAGGGCGGGCACCCCGCGCUGUUCGAGUGGGUGCUGCGGUACUUCACGGAAGACCCCACGGGUUUCAAGCCGCCGCUCUACCUGCAGCAUCAAGGCCACUCGCGUACGAUAAUAGGCUACGAGAAACAUAAAGACGGCAAGGCGACGCUGCUGGUGUUAGAUCCCUCACACUCGCCUGCCCAAGUGCGGCAGGUGGUGGUGGGCGGGCCGGCGGCGGGCGCGGCGGCGCUGCGGCUGCUGCGGCGCGGGGGCGCGGCGCUGCGGGCGCGCCAGUACCAGCUGCUGGCCGUGGCCGGGGUCAUGGCCGGGGACCACGAGUACGAGAGCAGUAAAGUGCUUCAGUCAAUCCGCAUUCCAUAGGGCCGAGCUGGGCCGCGGCCGAGCCCGCCCCUACGCUUCAUACUCAGGUGACAUCUAUACAACAUUACCUUAUAUGUUUGUUAUAAUCUAUGGAACAGUCGAAUGGUUAUCAAGGUUCAUUUAUUAGGUACAGUCACGUAUAAAAAUAUAUAUACGUCAGCAAAGUUUCCUAAACAUAAAGGUACCCAGCUAUGAUUUAAAAAAUCAAAUCAAAGUUAUAUCAGAUAGCUGCGUGUAACUAGUGCCGUUCACCGGAAUUUUCCCGCCGUUAAGACGCCGCAAAAAUUAUGUAAAAAGAACUUUAUUACGUAACCUUUAGGCAGAUAAGACCAGCGCCGUGUUCAUAAAAACUUACAAGUCUACACGUUCACAAGCUACAAGUUCAACAAGUACGUGUAAAUUAUGUUUAUCAAAAAAGUAGACGGAUUAUAAAAUAUACUUGUAAGAUAAAUAUUGACACUUGUAACAUGUAAUUUACAUGUGUAGUUUUGAUAAACACAUUCUUGUAAUAAUGAAAAUUUUUACAAGAUUUCUUGUAAUACAGGGCUUGUACAGUCAUGAGCAAUAUAAUGUAUCCACUUUAGGACUCUGUCGCACUAACAUAUUUGACAUUUAGUGAGACUUACAGUUUGUCAAAAAAAGUUAAUGUGACAUGGUACCAAAGUGUAUACAUAAUUAAUGCUCGUGACCGUAAGUGUUGAUCAACAGGACACAGAGUACAAGAGAGAAUAGUUUGAAAAAAAGAAGCAGCCAAUGUCCUUGCCAUUAAAGAGUUUUUACAACGGGAACAUUUCCAUAGAACAGCACAUCACUGAAUGUAAUGUAAACAUAUUUUUAAAUAUGACCGUACAAAAUGUUAAAAUAACUGUAUUAACCAGAUUUUCCCUCAUAAUAUGAAUGAAUGUUGUACUUAUUUGAUAUUAUUUAACGUUACAUAUUUUAGCAUUAAAUAAAAAGAAAAGUUUUAUCUGUUUACAUUUGUGCUUAAAGAAAGUGUAACAAUAGUUAUUUGUUCAACAAGAGAGGAAAGUUAUGUUUUAUGUGCGAGUGACGAGUUUAGAUCACGAACUAGCGAAACUGAAUUGAAUCACAUGCGUAUUAAAUGUAUUUUUGUUUUAUUUAUUGUAGGUUUGCCUCAGGUGAUAUCAAUUGAUAUCAGAAUCAUUUAUUCAACGUAAUUAUUAUGGAUUUUCGAAUCUACGCGCAAGGUGUUAUGGUUGAGGAGAAGAAAUGACAAGACACAUCUUUUAAAUCAAUUUAGGCAGAUACAUUACAAGUUAUUUGGUAAAUGAGGGCUUACACCCGAAAGACAUCAGGCCUGAGAGUGCCUUGUUGGGCUAGUCUAUCUAUCUAUCGUGUGGGUUGUGAGGUGGAGUACCAACCUCAUCAACCCUGGUGUCAGGGUUAUUAUUGGGCCGCCAAAGGCCCCCUUGACAUGGCUCAUGGUUGGGCUAGUAAAUGAUUAUAAUAUAGACUACUGGGGGGUUAAAAUGGCCACAUCGAAGCAAUUCAUCUAAGAAAGCAAUAUUGCUAUUUGACAUUUGUUUGCAUUGCGCACUUACUUUUAUAUGCGCAAAUGUCAAAUUGCAAUAUUGCUUUCUUAGAUGAAUUGCUUCGAUGUGGCCAUUUUAACCCCCCUGAGCGUAGUUAGUGAUUUGAACGCACGAAACAUAAUAUAAAUUUCCUCUCAUGUGAAGCAUACAACUUUUCACCUCUGCCAGCUAGAAAUGUUUUGUAGGUUAUAACAAAAUUCUCUGUUCUCUGCACUCUCUCGGAGUUAGACAUCUGACCUCGUAACUGAACGCAUAUUACAAAAAAAAAUAAUCCUGAAAGAAGACAUUUCACGCGCCAUUUUGAUUUAUAAGUUUAUUUCUUGUAGGUAUUUUAUGAGUAACAUUGUUAUGUAUACAAACACGAUUUUAUUUUUAAGUAAGUGAUAUUAAUAAAUAUUACUUAAAAUUGCAACAGCACAAUUUGUAAAAUUACAUUUCAAUUUAUAUAAUACGAAAUCGCGCAUGUAUACACUGCAGAUCAGGCUGUAUGGCUGCAUUGCCUUCUUAUCCGAAAAUUCGAAUAUAACAUUAAAAACCACACACAUUUCUGAUGACUAGGCAGUAUGGCCUUACGAUCUUAGCCUGUCUUUUAAAUGGGCGAAAGAAAAAAAAGCGCUCCCUUACACUGUUUUUACGCGCGAAAAGCACUUUCAUGCUGGAGAGGUGAAAAGUAAUUUAGUUUAUGAUACGUGUUUCUUUUACAGUGUUAGUUAAUACACACCAAACCCGCCGGCUUAUCUGGGCACCAUAUCGUCGCUUUAUAGAGAAAACCACUCAAGAACCAUUUUGAAAAAUCCCAUUUUGAUGUGAUUAUUUGUAUGUAUUGUUAACAGAAAUCCAGUCUGAAUGUGGUUUUAGCCCUAUGAAUUAGCGUGUCUAUUUCUUGGUUUUGUUAACAAGAAUCACGCCCGAAUGCAAUUUUUCAUAAAGGCGCUUAAGUGGUACUCUUCCUAAGCAAGUCGACGACAUGCUGCCAAAAUGUCGACAGGAUUAUUUUUAAAUAGGUUGGCGGUUUUAGUGUGGAUUGCGCUUCUCAGUUCUAAAGAUAUCACCUGUCUAUACCUAAAGACAAUGGUUCAAGUAAUGGUGCUUAUUCCUGUAAACACCAUCUAAUUUUAUUUUAAGUUAUACUUGUCAUUUUCUUAUCCGUUGAAAAGGAAAGGGACGGGUAAUCGACAGGCAUAACAUUUAUGAAACACACGUCAAUUUUAAGCAAACAUCUAAAAUAACUCUCUAACAAUUUUACGUUGGUCAAUAACCCGACAGAAUUUUGUUGACAGCACACUUCAUAGCUGCAUACCAGUGAAAUAUAUAUUAUUAUUCAUUCAUACGCACAUUAAUUUUAAAAUUAACAGCUGUCAAUCAUCCGUCUCUUUCCUUUUCGGUGGAUAAGAAAAUGACAGGUAUAACUUAAAAUAAAAUUAGGAGGUGUCUGCAGGAAUCGGGGCCAAUUAAUGUGGCUAUUUACUUGUUGAGUUACACGAGAACGAAUCAUAUUUUUACCCAUAUAAUCCCACUGUGGUGUGUUUGUUGGUUUGUCCGUUUCGCGCGAAAAUCAAAAAUCUAUUUAAAAAUCAAAUUCAAGAUACAUUUCUCUUAUUACAACGACUUUUAACUUAUUCAUUGUACGUAAGUUAAAGAA